AGAGCACGAAUAACCUUUCCAGGACUCCUGGAGAGACACAGACUGUUGCAUGGAGGCGACGUAGAGAGUGCAGCCUGCAGCAGCUGCAGCCCCACAGCCGGUCACUCAUGGGCACCCAAGGAGCAGAGCCAGAGAUGGAUGACUGCCUGGAGACCCUGAAAGAUGAGGAGGAGGCUUUGUGGGAGAAUGUGGAGUGCAACCGGCACAUGCUGAGCCGCUACAUCAACCCAGCCAAGCUGACCCCCUACUUACGGCAGUGCAAAGUCAUCGAUGAGCAGGAUGAGGAUGAGGUGCUCAACUCACUCAUGCUGCCCUCCAAAAUUAACAGAGCAGGCCGGCUGCUGGACAUCCUCCACACCAAGGGCCAGAGGGGCUAUGUGGUGUUCUUAGAGAGCCUGGAGUUUUACUACCCUGAACUCUACAAACUGGUGACAGGGAAAGAGCCUACACGGAGAUUUUCCACUAUUGUGGUGGAGGAGGGACACGAAGGUCUUACCCAUUUCCUAAUGAAUGAGAUCAUCAAGCUCCAGCAGCAGGUGAAAACAAAAGAUGUGCAGCGCUGUGAGCUCCUGGCCAAGUCCCGCCAGCUGGAGGAUGAGAGAAAGCAACUAAAGCUGAACAAGAUCGAGCUGCUGACCUUCCAGGAGAGAUACAACAAGAUGAAGGAGGAGAGGAAUAACUACAAUGAUGAGCUGGUCAAGGUGAAAGAUGAGAACUACAAUCUGGCCAUGAGAUAUGCCCAGCUGAGUGACGAGAAGAGCAUGGCUGUGAUAAGGAGCCGUGACCUGCAGUUGGAGAUUGACCAGCUGAAACAUCGCUUGAACAAGGUGGAAGAGGAGUGCAAACUGGAGAGGAACCAGUCUUUAAAGCUGAAAAAUGAUAUUGAAAACCGACCCAAAAAGGAACAGGUUCUGGAGCUGGAGCGGGAAAAUGAGAUGAUGAAGACUAAAAUCCAGGAGUUACAGUCCAUCAUUCAGGCUGACAAGAGGGGUUUGCCAGAUUCAGACAAAGCCAUUUUGGAUAUUCUGGAACACGACCGUAAGGAGGCACUGGAGGAUCGCCAUGAGCUGGUCAACAAGAUCUUCAAUCUCCAAGAGGAGAUUCGUCAUGUGGAGGACUUGAGAGACAAGUAUCUUGAGGAGAAAGAAGAUUUGGAGUUAAAGUGCUCAACACUAGGAAAAGACUGUGAGAUGUACAAGCACCGCAUGAACACUGUGAUGAUACAGCUGGAAGAGGUAGAAAAGGAGCGAGACCAGGCGUUCCGCUCGCGCGACGAGGCUCAGACGCAGUACUCACACUGUCUGAUCGAGAAGGACAAGUACAGGAAGCAGAUCCGGGAGCUGGAGGAGAGGAACGAUGAGCUCCGCAUCGAGGUGGUGCGCAAGGAAGCGUGCAUCGUCAACCUGGAGUGCAAACUGCGGCGCCUCUCCAAGGACAGCAACUUCCUCGACCAGAGUUUGCCACGGAAUCUUCCCAUUACCGUUAUCUCCCAGGCCUUUGGGACUUCUGGCCCAAAAGCCAAUGGUCAGGAAGCCGAUGACUCCUCCACUUCUGAGGACUCUCCUGAAGACAGCAAAUUCUUCUUGCCUGAUCAAGUUCGUCUCAAGAGAAGAGUGAACCUAAAGGGGAUCCAGAUAAGUCCAAGAGCUAAAUCUCCUGUCAGCAUGAACAAAACAUCAGAGUUUCAAGCAGUCAGAGCCCAGGACGAAGACGGGGCCGAGGGCAGCGCCGGCCGCACGGACACCAGCUCCUCUGUGUCCAUCAGUAACUCCAUCAGCAGCUGUGAAGUCACCAAGAUUCAAACCCUGCGAAAUCGCAACGACAGCAUCAUGUCAACCACCCCCGAGCCCCCCGGGAACGACUCCAUCGUGCGGCGCUGCAAGGAGGACACCCCUCACUGCAGCCUGGCUGAAGAGGACAAUGACAGCUUUGGAUGUGAUGCUUUGGAGAUGGAUGACGACAGUCACGACAGGCAUUCACAUGGAGCUCCUUCAGUGCACUCUUCCUCUUCUUCUCAUCAGUCAGAAGGCCUGGAUGCCUAUGAGCUUGAGCAUGUCAACUCCAUAUUUAGAAAGUUCUCUCUGGAAAGACCCUUCCGUCCCUCUGUCACGUCUGUGGGCCGCAUGCGGAGCUCGUGUCACACGAUCCAGCGCGUGACGCUCAACGGGGACAGCCUCACCUCGGAGAUCACCCUGCUCGGGGGCAAUGACAAAGGCAGCUUCGUCAGCUCUGUCAAGACAGGCUCCCUUGCAGAGAAAGCUGGCCUUCGGGAGGGACACCAGAUCCUGCUGUUGGAGGGCUGCAUUAAAGGGGAAAAUCAAAGUGUUCCUUUGGAUACUUGCACAAAGGAAGAAGUUCACUGGACAAUUCAGAGGUGCAGUGGUCCAGUAACACUCCAGUAUAAAUCAAACCAUGAAGGGUACCGCAAGCUGCUGUCGGAGCUGGAGGAAGGGCUCAUCACCUCGGGGGACUCAUUUCACAUCCGCCUGAACCUGAACAUCUCCAGCCAGCUGGACUGCUGCUCCCUGACAGUGAAAUGUGAUGAGAUCGUCCACAUUCUUGACACCAUGUACCAGGGCAGGUGUGAGUGGCUGUGUGCCAGGGUGGAUCCCUUCACUGACAGGGACCUGGAGAUGGGGACCAUUCCCAGCUACAGCAGAGCCCAGCAACUCCUUUUGGUGAAGCUGCAGCGGUUGAUGCACAGAGGAAGCAAAGAUGAGACAGAAAACUCCUACAACACCCUUCGGGCCCUGCGGAAUACACUGCAGCCAGAGGAGCCUGCCCUGCAGAACGACCCCAAAACCAGCCCUCGCCUAUCCAGAGCAAGCUUUCUUUUGGGCCAGAUUUUACAGUUUGUCAGUAGGUCUGAGAACAAAUACAAACGAAUGAACAGCAACGAGCGGGUUCGCAUCGUCACAGGCUGGCCCUCGGGCCUGGCACUGAACUCAUCUGAAGGGAAGAAGCAGCUGCCUGAUAAACUGGAAGAUUUGGAUUCCGAGAGUGAGCUGGAUAAGAAGCUCAGUCUGAUCCCCUACAGCUUGGUGAGACCCAUCCACUGCGAGCGCAGGCGCCCCGUGCUGUUCACCCCCACCAUGCUGGCCAAGCCCUUGGUGCAGAAACUUCUCAACUCUGGAGGUGCCCUGGAAUUCAACAUAUGCAAGCCAGAUAUUGUAACAAAGGAAGAGUUCUUAAGGAAGCAAAGGACAGAGACUGUCAUCUUCAGCAGAGAAAAGAAUCUGAACACAUACGAAUGUAUUGUACCUGCCAACAUCGAGGCUGUUGCUGCCAAGAACAAGCAUUGUCUCCUGGAAGCUGGAAUAAGCUGCACGAAGGAUUUAAUCAAAGCCAAGAUAUAUCCUAUUGUUCUCUUUAUAAGAGUCUCAGAGAAAAACAUCAAGAGGUUCAGGAAACUGCUGCCGAAGCCGGAGGCCGAGGAUGAGUUUUUACGGAUGUGCCGCCUGAAGGAGAAGGAGCUGGAAGCGCUGCCUUGCCUUUAUGCCUCUGUGGAGGCAGAGGCGUGGAGCAGCAUCGAGGAUCUCAUCCGGACAAUCAAGGACAGGAUCGGGGAGGAGCAGCGGAAAACCGUCUGGAUUGAUGAGGAUCAGCUAUAAGAAGCCUCAGUAACACGGAGCUCUUUGGUGAGGAAAGGACACAUCCAGGUGGAGCAGGGCUUCUCAGAGUUCUCUGGUGAGGUGCCCAGAGCUCACUCCUGUUUCACCCUUGCUGGCAGGGCACUUCCUGCUGGCAGGAUGCACGUCUGCAAUGGUACUGGAGCUGUGUUGAAGAGCCAGAGUCUCAGAUGUUAGGAUCCGGGCUGUGGGGCAACCACCACAAUUUCUGAUCCACUGGCAUUUCUUAAGGGACAGCACCUGUUUAACACGUGAGGACAAAGAUCUUGAGAGGGAGCUUGGGGUAAUUUAUUACGUUCAAAAUAUGGAUCUCUUUGGUCUCAUUCAAAAUUUCUGAUGAGACCAAAGAAGUGGAAUCUGAAAGGGAUAAGGCAUGGGGAUUGGGCUGCAGGAUGUGGAAUUGAGAUGUGCCCCACACCCCCCUGAGGUGAGAUUCUGAAUAUACACAGC